CUUUGAAAUGGUGCUGCAAACUUCUUUUAGUUCCAUUGUCAUCUUUGUUCUUUACAUGCAAGUUAAUUUAAUACAUAAUGCGGAAGUUCCCACAGUUCCGUUUCCGCCAACAAUGGUAAAAGAACCAUUGCCCGAACAAGUAUAUCAAGUUGCUCAAACACAGGAUGAGAAAGACAAUCCAUUUAUGUUAGAAUGUGAAGCUCAAGGAAAUCCUGAGCCAGAGUACAGGUGGAAGAAAAAUGGUUUGGAUUUUGAAUAUGUUGCAUAUGAUAAAAGAAUAAGCCAACAGCCUAGGAGAGGAACUUUAGUUUUUACAAAGCCAGAAGAUAUAGAUGAAGGUUUAUAUCAAUGUUUUGCCACUAAUAGAUAUGGGACAUCUGUCUCGAAUGCGGUUUUCUUACGAAAGUCAGAAUUAAGCUCGUUUUUGGAUGUUGAUGCAAAAGAAAAAGUGGUUAGUGAAGGUGAUCCAUUAUCUCUAAACUGUAAUCCUCCUACUGGUUAUCCAAGGCCAACAAUUUUUUGGAUGAUUCAGUCUUACACAGGAUCUUUGAGGACUAUUAACAGCUCACGUAUAACUGUUGACCCUGAAGGCGAUCUUCAUUUCUCUAAUGUUACAGUUGAAGAUGAUCUUGAUGAAGCUCUAUAUGCAUGCAGUGCAACUUCAAAAUCUAGAAAUGAAUAUAAAUUUGGCAACAAAAUUAUAUUAAAAGUAGAUCCUUCUGGAGGAUCUGGUCAAGCAAGUCAUCGUCCUGUGAAGCAGUAUACAUCACCUCCAAAUAUUGUUGCUUUAAGAGGGAAACAGCUCGAAUUGAGUUGUAUAUUUGGUGGAACGCCUUUGCCAGAAAUCAAGUGGAGCAAAAGAGGAAGUGAAAUGUAUUCAAGUAGAUACACAUAUACCAACUAUGGCAAAACUUUGCGGAUAAGAAGUGUUGAGUUUGAUGAUGCUGGGACUUAUGAAUGUACAGCAAGUAAUGGUGUUGGUACCCCAAUUACACAUGCUAUGACUGUGACAGUUCAUGCCAUACCCUAUUGGAUUACAUCUCCUAAUAAUACAAAUGCUGCUGAAGGGGAAUCUGUUCGAUUUGUAUGUGAGGCUCAUGCUUACCCAGAACCUAAACUUCAGUGGCUUGUGAAUGGGGAACCUUUGGAGAAGGUGCAGGUUAAUCCAAGACGCAAAGUUGAAGGAAGUGUAAUGAUGAUUGAAAGACUUGAGAAGUCAGAUACUGCAGUUUACCAAUGCAAUGCCUCUAAUGUUCAUGGCUAUGCUUUCAGAGAUUUUUAUCUGAAUGUACUAGCUUUGCCUCCAACUAUAACUAAAGAACCAGAACCGGUAACAAAAGCUGUAGUAACAUCAGUUGUUACUUUGACUUGCCGAGUUUUUGGUGCACCCAAGCCUGAAGUAAGGUGGUCCAAAGAAGGGAAGGAACUAAGUGGGGGUCGUUACCAGGUUUUAGAUAAUGGUGAUCUGAAGAUAACAAAUGCUCUUGUAACUGAUCAAGGAAUGUAUACUUGUUCUGCAAGUAACAAGCUGGGUGAUGCUGAAGCAGAAGGAAAAUUAGAGGUCAAAGGGAAAACAAAAAUAACUCAACCUCCAGAAAAUUUUGAGGUUGCUGCUGGAAAUUCUGCAACAUUCCGAUGCAAUGCUGAAGCAGAUUCGAGUUUGGACCUUAAAAUUCAGUGGUUGUUUAAUGGUCAGCAAAUAGAUUUUGAGCAAGAUCCACGGAUGGUUCAAGCAUCGGAUAAUUCACUGACUAUUAGUAAAACAUUGGAAUUGGACUCUGGAAUUUUUACAUGUGUAGCAAAGACAGAACUAGACAAAGACGAAGCUCAAGCCAUUCUUACUGUGCAGGAUGUUCCCAAUCCACCUCGCAUUGUGAGUGUAGCAUGUGAUGGCCUUACUGCAUUAGUUGUGUGGAAGCCAAUGGGUGAUAGGAGAGCUCCCAUUUUGAGUUAUUCAAUUCAGUUUAAUACUUCUUUUACACCUGAUACUUGGGAAGAUGCAUUUAAGAAUAUUCCAGCUGCUGAGACAAGAUACAAGAUUGAAAUGAGCCCGUGGGCUAACUACACCUUCAGAGUCAGGGCAAGGAAUAAAAUAGGGUUAAGUGAGCCCAGUGGCCCAUCUGAACAUUGUGCGACCCCUGAAGCAGUGCCUGAUAAAAAUCCGGACAAAGUUAUGGGACGAGGAACUCAGCCAGAUAAUCUUGUGAUAUCGUGGACGCCAAUGCCUCUGAUAGAGCAUAAUGCACCAGAGUUUUUCUACAAGGUAUUUUGGAAAAGAGAUGAUGAUCCUCGAUCUGUAUGGAAACAUGAAAAGCUAACAGACUGGAGAAAAAAUCAAUUGGUUAUUAAUUAUCAACCGACAUUCAAGAGGUAUCGAAUUAAAGUAGAGGCUCACAAUCGUCGUGGUCAAGCUUCCGUUCCAGCUUCUGAAGUCAUUGGUUAUUCUGGAGAAGAUGUUCCGAAAGAAGCUCCUUUAAACUUCCGCCUAGUACGUAUUCGAGAUGCCAAAUCAGCUGUCUUUAUGUGGAAUCCAGUGUCGCCAGAUUCAUUGUUUGGACAUUUUAGAGGAUACAAGAUUCAAACGUGGACUGCAGAUGAAACAGAAGAGCAUUUGAGAGAAGUUUCAGUUCCUCAUAAUGUGACAGAAGCCCUAGUCAAUAUUUUCAGGCCAUAUUCGCGGAAUAUUGUACGAGUUUGUGCUUUUAAUGAUGUAUAUAAUGGCCCACCGUCUGACUCCAUUGACUUUGUAACACCUGAAGGGACCCCUGGCCCAGUUUCUUACUUUGAAGCAAUACCUAUGGGAGCAAGUGCAUUAUAUCUUAUAUGGAAACGGCCUGUAGAACCAAAUGGCAAUAUUACUGGCUACAGAAUAUACUACAGAGAAGUGGAUGGAACUUCACUUGGAACUAUAUUGGAGCGACAACCAGCCAUUACUGAUCCUAGAGAGACAAGGGCAAAGCUUGCUGGUUUGAAACCUGAUACAAAAUAUAGAGUAACCAUUCAUGCUACAAGUAAAGUAGGGCAAGGCGACCCAUAUUAUAUUGAAGUUAAAACAAAUGAACAGUCUGAAAAUGUUCCAGAUACACCAGCUUUUAUUUGGUCACACCUGCCUGGUGAGCAGGGUAAAGCAGGUAUUUUAGUGACAUGGGUUCCAGCAGUUGAUGGGCACCCUGGCAGUUAUUUUUACGUCCAGUUUCGCAGAAAAGGUGAAGGACAUUGGGAUCAAACAGCUAUGGAAAAAAAUGAUGACACAAUUCUUGUUAAAGGACUUGAAUUUGCAACCUUGUAUGAAAUGAGAGUAGUAGCUGUGGAUGGGCAUUAUGAGACUCCAAGCAGAAUUGAAGAGAUUGAAACUGGUGGAUUAGUUCUUGCUGCUCCAGAAGGACCUGAAAAUAUAGCAACUGCUGCAUGGUUCAUAGGCAUGCUUUGUGCAAUUGCAUUAUUAUUGCUGUUACUGAUUCUUGUUUGCUUAAUCAAGAGAAAUCGAGGAGGAAAAUACUCUGUUCAUGAGAAGGAAGCUGCUCAAGGGAGAGAUUUAGAUUUUGCUGAUGAUGGAGGGUUUAAUGAAUAUAGCAAACCAGUAGAAACCCAUGCAGCACCUAGGGGAAGCCGGACAUCGCUAACCAGUAGUUUUAAAGGUCAUGAAAGUGAUACUGAUAGCAUGGCAGAUUAUGGUGAAGGAGAGAUGGGGAAAUUUGGAGAAGAUGGUUCUUUCAUUGGACAGUAUAUUGAUAAAACAAGAAAAGAAAAUGAAUCUACAUCACCAUCAGCUCUGGCUACAUUUGUGUGACAGCAGAUUGUUUUUAUGAAUGUAUAAGUGUAUUUAGAACUCAUUAUUACUAGAUUGCAUUCAUUAAGCAUUGAAAUUUUCUACAUUCUCUGAAAAGGAAGGUUAAUGAUCUUGGUAACAGCAAUUUCGCACAAACUCUGCGGUAUUGUAAAGGGACCUUAGGGACAAUAACAGCUGCAAGUACGUUUCUCAUUUCUUUCUGAAAAUUAAAAAAAAAAAGACUUAAAAUUUCAAGUAACUUGCAUAUUAUGCAAGUGAAAGCUUUGAGGCUUAGUGGUGGCAUGUCAUUUCAGAAGAAAAGAAACUUAAAUGUAAAUCUCUGAAUGUAUAAUUAUUUUUUCUUUGUUUUAUUUUAGAGAAUGAAUUUUUAAGAAAUGUGUUUUGAAAAAAAGCAAAUUAAAAAAUAACGUAUCUGAAAGUUUUUAGAUGAUUAUAUUUUGAAUUAUUCUGUUUUUGUUUAUAAUAGUUUUACUAAAAAUUUAUUUGCAUUUAGUUUAAUUUAUGAAAAGAUUCAAGAUGCAUGAAGUAUACUGGUAGAGUAAAUUUUAGGAAGUUAGGGUCCAUCACAAUUUAAAUAAAGGCAAAACAACAUGAAAAAAAGGAAAGGGGGGAGAAAAUUGCAUGUUCAAAGAUUUUUCGCUAAAAUUUCUACAUCACCACUAAGCCAAUAUAUGCUUUGACAAGCAAAUGAAUGCGCAGUAGUUUCUAUCCUCUAGUUUUACAUAUUUCAGAACUGUUUCAGCUGUCUUGCAGAUACUGUUGCCAUUCUGUAUGAUGAACAGAAUUAGUAUUGCUGAGAUUGUGUCCUCCUUUUGAAAGAUUACUAUGCAUGUUUAUCAUAUAUAACAGAAUUUAUAUUGUGACAAAUUUUUAAUCUUCUUCAUACGAUUUAAAGGUUUUUGAUUCAUUUUAAACACUACUUCAUUCACCUAAAACAUUCUUAAAUAUUUUCAUAUGGUGUAUACUGUUUAUACAUAAAGAUAAUAAUACAGUUUUAUUUUCAUUAAAACAUGCAAUUUAGUUUAUAAAAAUUGCAUAUUCUGACUCAUCAUAUUUUUAACCCUCUGAGUGGCAUAGGUUUUUGAUCUGUCAUGAAGACCUGUAUUC